UAUAAUGGAAAACAACGAACUGUUUGUUACAUGCUAUGGCCGGAUGGUCGUUAUCCCACAUCUAUAUUAGAUUAUUGCUAUAACAUCAUAAUACUGGUCAUAACAUAUGGCAUACCAAUGGUUGUAAUGUUAAUCUGUUAUUCUCUUAUGGGACGUGUAUUAUGGGGCAGUCGUUCGAUUGGUGAAACCACUGAACGACUGGAAUCAAUGAAAUCAAAACGAAAAGUCGUUCGCAUGUUUAUAGCGAUUGUUUCAAUAUUUGCGAUAUGUUGGUUGCCCUAUCAUUUGUUCUUUAUCUAUGCAUAUCACAAUAAUCAGGUGACAUCGGCGAAAUACGUGCAACAUAUGUAUUUGGGUUUCUACUGGUUAGCUAUGUCGAAUGCCAUGGUGAAUCCCAUUAUCUAUUAUUGGAUGAACAAAAGAUUUCGUUUAUAUUUUCAAAAAAUCAUAUGUUGUUGUUGGCAUAAGUCGUCUAGUAAAUUGAAUUCACCACGCAGCCGUUUGACUUUAAAUAAAAAUUCAUCGAAUAAUUUAACAAGAGUUGAACGCAAACCCUAUUGGAAACGCAGCACGAUCGAAACACAAAUACAAGUGGCAAACUCUUCAUUGCGUGACCGACAGUCCAAUCAUUUGGGCACCAUCUGUAAUCUUAUACGACACGAUAGUGCACCCGAAAAACAGCGAACGGACAGUGAAGGUUCACCUUUAUGCAUAUCCAUACACAAUGGCAUCGAAAGGCAAAAGGUUAAAAUCAAAUAUAUAUCAUGUGAUGAAGACAAUAAUCCCAUAGAAUCAUAAAUAUUUUUUUUUUAAAUAAAUUUGAUUUUUUCU